GAAAAUGUUUGAUGUUGAGUUGAAUCAGUUGAUUGUGUUUAACUUGAUUCGUUAAGCCGGUUAUCAUUUAGUGUUCAACAUCAAUUCAGUUAACAUGAAAAUGUUUCGUUCGUUUGAAAUUUAAUUUCGUCAACAAUCAAAUCUGAUCAUCGUUUCUCCAAUUCCUUUAAAUUGAUUCGUAUUAAUUGUCUACGUUAAUAUUAUCACGUAGUUAAUAAUCAGCUAAUUACUAAACCAUCAAAUCGUAAGGAUUGAGGUCAACGAUAGGAGUAAAAGCUCAAUAAGCAACAGGAACGAAUCAACAGUUGAUUAUUAGCCAAAUUUAAUCAUCAACAAUCAACACACGCAAAUUGUUAAAAAUGACAAUUCGACACCAACAAGUCAACGGAACUUCAAUGAAUCAGAUUAAGGAAACAAAUCCAAUUGAUGAUCAAUCUGAUUCUGUUGAAGAUGAGAUCUUUCUUGAUGCAACUGAUGAUAAUGAAUCCACUGUUAAUGACAAACAAUUAACCAAUGAUAAAGAACCACCGAGUUUGGAAAAGUCAAUGGAGGAAGUAACCAAAGUAUUGGAUCUUGCUCUCAACAAUCAAUUUGAUGAAGCUGGUCAGAUUGCUGAUAGAUGGGCUGAUGUUAGUCUUUAUCAUGCUCUGGGAAAGGCAACAUUAACUUUUUUCAAGGGAGUUCUAACCCUUGAACAUAUUCAAAUUAAACAAACAAUGGAUUCAUUGAAACAUGUGAUUGACCUUUACCAGGUCAAAAAACAUCAAAUGAACUCAGUGACCAGAGUAGUUUGGAGGCCAAAUUAUAACAAUUACACUGAAGAUGAGAUUCACGCUGAAUUAGUUUACGCUGAGGCUCAAUUGAUGAUCGCCUUAAUGACCUUCCUUCAAGAUCAGAAUUUAAUCAGUUUGGUAAAAGGAGCGUUGAGAAUCCGUUCUUGUUUCCAAUCAUACAAAGAAUGUAACAUAAUUUUGACCCAACGAGUUUCCUGGUCAAGCGAAAAGGUCAAGCGACACUUUGAGUCCGGUGUUCGAAUGGGAUUGGGAACAUUCAAUCUCAUGAUUUCUCAUUUACCCAACAAAGUACUUCGACUUCUUGAAUUUGUCGGUUUCUCGGGCAAUCGAUCAAUCGGUUUCACUGAACUCGAAGCGUCAACGGCAAUUACCGAUGGACUAAGAUCACCUUUAGCCAAGUUAAUCAUGAUGGCCUAUUUCUGUUAUAUCGAGCAUCUUUUUGGCCUUGGUAAUGAAGAUCUGACCAUCGUCAGUAAUAUACUAGCCAGUGCCAUGGAAAAAUAUCCCAAUAGCGCUUUCUUCAUCCUAUUCGCUGGUCGUAUUAAUCAACUUGAAGGUAAAAUAAACGAGGCGAUAAUUAACUUCGAGAAAUGUAUCGCUAUUCAGAACCAAUGGAAACAACUUCACAAUAUUUGCUACUGGGAAUUACUUUGGUGCUACACAAUUCGUUGUAAUUGGAAAAAGGCUGGUGAAUAUGCUGAUAUCCUACGUAAAGAAUGCGCUUGGUCUCCAGCGACUUACACGUACCAAACGGCUUCAUAUUAUUACAUGAGCCACGAAUCUGAGCCUGAUGAGAAAUUAAGAUCGGAAGCAAUUGAACUGUUCAAAAAAGUUCCUUCGCUACGAAUUCGUUAUGCAGGUAAAACAAUUCCAGCGGAAAAGUUUGCCAUAACAACGAGUGAACGAUUCGUCAAUGGAGAGAAAAGGAUUAUCGCUCCUGCCCUAGAAUUUUCAUAUAUUUGGAAUAUUUUCGCCAUCAUGGAAAAAGAUGUAACCUUAAUUGACCCUCUUCUGAAAAUAAUUGAGAAACAAUUGAUUCCACUUGCUAAAGAGAUCGAGAAUCCGGAGAAUCCAAUAGACGAUUAUCUGGAUUUAAUUCUGAUGAAGGGAAUGUGUUUAAAAGCCAUGGGAUUCCCUUAUCAAGCUGAACAAUGUUUCCUUGAAAUAAUCGAUAAUGAGAAACGAAUCGUUCGUGAUACUUAUCUUCCACCUCAUGCAUCUAUGGAACUUGGAUUAACUUAUGUUCGUCUAAAUGAUCUGACCACCGCUCGCCGAUGGCUUGAAAAGUCUCGCAAAGAUUACACAGGUUACCUGUUGGAGACAAUGGUUCACUUCCGGGUUCAUUGUGCCAUGAGAAAUAUUAAAAUCAUGGAGAAACAGUUGACUAUCAAUCGAUCAGCAGUAUCACUUUCAACCACUGAAGAGGAAAAUAAUAAAAACUCCCUGGCGGAAACUGAAUCUUCCGCUUCCUCCUCCGAUCACGAUGAACCGCUGCCCUCACUUACACCACCGAUCAGUGAACCAAUUAUGCCGAACGGAAAAGGUCAAUCCACUUUCUUUGACCUCGCCAACAAAUUGCGCUUCUCAUUUGGAUUUGGAGGUGGUUACGAUGAGAGUCAAGUUAAAUUGUGAAUCUAAUGAUCAACUUUUGUAACAAUUAACUUUUCCAUUUUAAUUAUUAUUAAUAUUUAAUCCAACAAAUCCAAUCAUGAGACCGAAUCAUAAACAAUCAUCAAACUGUUUCACAAUUAAAUCCCAACAAUUCAGAUCUCAUCAAUAUUCACACUGAUUAUAUUCAAUUAGUUUAACUAAUUGCUUUGAAUACAAAAUCAGCCAAUGAUUAAGAGUCAAUGUCAAUUUAUUAUCCUUUUAUUAUCAUUUUUUAAAUCAUUUUGUAAACUUAAUCAGUUAAUUGUUACUAUCUUCUUAUUAUCAACUGUUAAUUGCUGAAGGUUUCUUUGUCAUAAUCAAAUUAAUUUUUCCCUUUUCUUGAGCAUUAAAUGAUUAACGGAUUAAUCUGUUUCCAAAUUCACAAUUAAACAGAUUUAAUUUUUGAUUGUCAAUCCAAUUGGACCAGUUGAUUGUGAUUAUCUUAAUUGUACUCGUGAUUAAAAGUAUAUCAAUUUAAUCAGAUGAAUUUGUUAAAUUGUUGAUAAUUGUUCUGUUAAUUUUUCACCAUCAACAGUAAAUUGUUAAUUAAUUGGGACAAAUAAAUGUUAAUUUUAAUAACUACAA